AUGGGCAGUUCUAGACUUCAUCACUCACCCAGCCGAGAUCUCGGCGCUGCGUCUUGGACCCUGAGGCACGUGGCAACUGCCAGCAAUAGCAGACCCAAACAAGUAUCAAAGACUUAUGUGGUUGCGUUCCGGGCUCCUUUUAUUUAUCCACAAUCUCAUCAUGCAUGCCGGGUCUGCAUCUGCGGGCAUCUGCAGAUCUAA